CACCACAUCUCAUGUCGAUACACCACUUCCGCGCUCUCUGCCACAUCCUUACCCAAAGAACAUAACUUCAAAACCUAACUUAUCGACAUCGAACAACAGCAUGUGGUCUAAACUCAGCAGCGCACUCAAACGCCCCUCCACUCCCUCACUCGUCGACGGCGACGACGAGCCAUCGCCAUCCAAAGCAGACGUUCUCGCUGGCGUAUACGAACAGCAUCCCAACCUCUCUGUCUUCCACGCAGAACAUCCCUCCGAGAUCCCUUUCCCACCCUCGAGUCCGACAAUGUCUCCUACACUUAAUGGUCGCAAGGGCAUCUUCAAGAAACCAGGCAGGCCACAGCCGCCACCGAUCAACACUCAGGCAUCGGAGCAAGGCGUUACAAGCCCCAUUAUGAGUCCGCUCCUGCUCCCGAAGAAAGUAAAGUCGUCCCUCCAGAAUCUUGCAAGUGAUGUCGCCCGCUAUGGCUCAGUUCGCUCUCGCCCGCAGGAAGCGACACACAGCGUGCGGCCGUCUCAGGACUCUGCAGUGUCUCUCCAGGACAACAAGCCCCCGGUUACACCGACAACAGAUGCACGAUACAACUCACUCCGCUCCAUCUUACGCGAUCGUAACACGCCCGCUACAGGGCAGAGCGUGCGCUUCUUCAGCCGCGACGCGUACAAAUUGAUCACACCCGACGUUUCGAGCGCGAGCAGCGAGCCCGACGAGGUCUCCUUCGCCGCACGUCUCCACCGCGCUAAUGCCAAACCAGCGAGGCCCGUGGCUCAAGAGCUGUUUGCGAAUUCUGUACCAACUACGCCUAGCAUGCUGGGGCAGGGUAUGCCGAGCAUGUUGACCCAGGAACCUCCGCCGAAUGUUUCCAACAUCUUCGACCUGUCAAACGAGGUGGAGAUGCCGAUGAUUCCAGCUGGACACGAGGUGCCGCUCCUGGACAGUGCAGUCGAGAUCUCGGAGGUAGACGCACCGAACGGGGAAGAGAGGUCAGGACCGCCGACGCCGCCCGCCAAGCAAGGCAUGCAUGAUCGCAGCCACUCGUUCAGCUUUGGGCAGACGGUGUUCCGCUCGCUGACCAGCCCCAUGGACGAGGCGCGGACAAGUACGCCUCCCCCCGGAUCGUCAUUCUCGAAGAGCAGAGGUCGUGCCCUGAGCGACACGGUGUUCCACUCGUUCGCGAGUGGGUCGACGAAAGGGGUGCCGGAGGCGGAUAUCAACGACACGUCUGCCUUGAAGGUGUUAGCAUCGCGGCCGCCCUCGCCGCUCUCCCCAGAGCGCCCCAAGGAGAAGGACCCCUUCGGGGCGUACGCGACGACGUUCUUCACCCCGGGCACGGUGCCCCCGACGCCGCCGAACCACCCCACGCACGCGCGGAAGGUCUCCCGCGAAGAGGACAACGCGUGGCGUUUGCAGACUGCACUCGCACUUAAGUCGGAGCUGUGCGCGCAAUACGAGGUCGACCUGUCUGCUCGCGACGAGCUCGUCGCGCUCCUGCAGCAGCGCCUCUCGGAGUGCGAGAAGGAGUGUGAGCGUCGGAAGGGCCUCGUGAAGGGUUGGCGCCGGCGCGUUGCGGAGCUUGAGAAGUGUGUACGCGGUCUGAGCGACGAGGUCGAAAGGAGCCGGGAGGAGGCGAGCGAGCGGAGCGUGAUGGACGAGGCGAGUGGGAUGGCGCUGCAGGCGAUGCACAGGCGGAUCGGGGAGCUUGAGCGGGAGUGCAGGGAGCGGGAGCGGAGAGAGGAGUCGGUGAAGGGGGAGAUGAGUAUGAGGGAGGAAGAGCUGGAGCGGACCCGGGAUGAGCUGCAGAGGAAGGAGGACAGUGAACAGGAGCUGCAGCGGGGGAUCCGGGACGCGAGAGAGGAGAUGGAGAGGAUGCAGUUGGAUCUCGAGAUGAGCGGCAACCAUGGUCUGCCAGCCCCUGCACCUUCCAUGCGCGAGACCUCAGGUGAGAGUGACUGGGUUGAGGAGCGCGCCCGCCUCCUUGCAGAGAACGAGGCGUUGCGCAGCGAGCAGACAUCCCUGCAAGCACAGCUGACGGGUGCGCGCGAGGAGACCCUCCGGCGCGACUCGGAGUUGCGUACUCUCAAGGACGAACUCGAGGCGCAGUGGCGCCACACGGAGGAGGCGGGCGAGCAGAUCAACACCCUCACACACGAGCGCGACACGCUCAAGGCGCAGGCCGACGCGCUCAACGAGCGGGUGUCCACCAUGGAGUUCGAGUGGGCACAAGGCGAGAACAGCAAAGCAGACCUGGAGACGGAGAUGCAGGAGCUCCUGACCGCGAAGGAGGAGCUCGAGCGCGAGUGCAGGGAGCUCGAGGACCAGGUCCACUCCGCGGAUGAGCAAUCUGAAGAGCUCACGCGGGCACUCCAGGAGCGGGAAGCCGAACUUACUUCGCUCACGCAAGAGAAGCAGUACACGAUGGACCGUGCCGCGCGAUUCGAGACGCAACUCAAGGUGCGCGACGCCGAGGCAGAGGAGAUGCGCGAGCGCGUGCGGGAGGCAGAGUCAGCCAAGGACGACGCAGAAGAAGACGCGGCGCGCAUGAAGCGCGAGCACGCGCGGAUUGUGAACGACCAGAGCCGUAGGUUGCAGGAGGUCGUCGCGCGUGAGGUCGAGGCGCGGGCUAACUUCGAGGCGCUCUUGAGAGAGAAGGGCGAAACGGGCGUCGAGCUAGGCGCGCUGAGGGACAGGGCGAACGCGCUUCAGGAGGAAGUGGACAGGCUCCGAAAGCAGGUGCAUGCUUUGCAGCAGGAGAGCGCAGACAAGGAGGUGAAGCUCGUGAACUUGCAGAAGCAGCGGGCGCAGGACAAGGAGGACAUCCAAGGUCUGAACAUCGCCCUGGACUCGAAGCAGCAGGAGCUCGAGCUGCUCAAACGUCGUAUGAGCGUGCGCGGUGGAUCUGCCACCCCCGCUGCACCUUCGAAAGUCCCUCCUCACCGGCGCGAGUCCUCCAUCUUCGGCACGCCAAGUGUGAAUGGGUCACGACCGUCUUCCGUGCUGUCGGAUACGGGUAGCACGACGAAGGGCAAGUUCGCCGAGACGCCGUCGACACUGAAGGGCAAGGGCGUGGAUACACCGUCAACUGUGAAGCCUGCGCUCACCCGGAGCGUGCGUGCGAACGGCGCCGCGUCGACAGCAACCACAGUCAGGAAACGGUCGCUCGAAGGCACAAUGGGCCCGCCUCCCAACAUCUCACGCACGAACUCCGCGUCAAGCACUGCCGGCGCGAAGGACGCGACGCCGACGCGGAUACCAUCUGCAUCAUCGUCACGCGCGUCCAUCGCCGGGCCCCCGAGCGCCUUCGCGAAGACGCCGACACCGACGCUCGUGCGCCGGACGUCCGUGUCGUCGCGCCUGCCGGCGACGCUCGUGAGCCGCGACCGCGAGGUGUCGGCCUCGGCGAGCGAGGCGGACGAGAAGGAGAAGGAGAACUCGGCACCGAAGGCGCGGCGCAUGAGCAUGCUCGCGGCGUGAGUGAGCCUCUCGGUUCUGACGGACAUCAUCGCAUCCUGGAUACCCGCACCCACUGAUCCGCACCCGGACACUCCACCACAACGCAUGUGUACUGUAUGGUAUACGCACUCCAUGUAUCAGAUACGUGUCCCUCUCGCCUUUUUCUUGCGUUCCCCGUCGCGCUUCGUACUUCGUCGUCUUGCGUCACUUCGUCUGACGUACCCAUUGACCCAUGCCUUCCCACUCUUGACUCCUGAGCUGCCUUGCCCUUCCCUGCUCGUACCUCUCAUCGUCGCCAUAUUAUGAAUGCAGCAGACCCGGACCCGAAGUAUGCAAUCUUGAAAUUAUGCCGUUAUCUACUGCGCUAGCUCUGCGUUCGCUGUGUUAUACACUCGUCUUGCUCUCGACUG